CCCAAUGCUCAAUCAGCAUAUAAGUUGUGUUUAAAUAGGUGUUCCGUCUGCCUACAAGUCAGUCUGGUAUAGAAACAUGGACAGUCCAGACUAUUCUUACAUCGACCCUGCAAACUUCUAUGUAACUGAAGACUAUGGAUUUAUUCUCAAGGAGCCACUGACAAAUCUUCCUGUAUAUUAUGAACCAUGGAUGAAUAUUGCAGAAAAUUUACCUGCCUUGAUUGAGAGCAAGCAGCUGAGAGAUAAAGUCAGGAAGGUGCCAGAGUUGGAUAUAAAGCACCUAUCAGGAUACAGGGAGCUUCGCUUCGCCCGCUUGAUACUCAGUCACAUAGUCAUGGGAUACGUGUGGCAAGAUGGAGAGCAAGAAGCAGCAAAGAUUCUUCCUCGAUCUCUAGCUGUCCCUUAUCACCAACUGUCUCAAGUCCUUGGGUUGCCAAUGAUUAUAGUGCACGCUGACCUUGUAUUGGCCAACUGGAAGAGGAAAGAGCCACUGGGACCGAUGACUUAUGAGAAUCUGUCCCCAAUCAUAUACUUCCCAGGAGGAGAAAGUUUUCGAGGUUUUGUCAUUGUCACUCUGCUUGUAGAAGUAGCUGCGAUCCCUGGCUUGAGGGCUGUCGCUCAGGCGGUUAGCGCAGUGUUACAUGAGGAUAAGCAGACACUGCUCAGAGCUCUGGGUGAACUGGAACAAUCGAUUAACAAGAUGAGUGACUCUCUGCAGCUCAUGAACAAUUAUGUGGACCCAGAUGUAUUUUACAACACAAUUCGACCGUUCCUGGCAGGAUGGAAGGAUAACCCAUCUUUGUCUGAGGGUCUGAUCUAUGAGGGAGUCAUGGAUGAGAAGCCGUUGUCAUUUUCAGGAGGCAGUGCUGCACAGAGCUCUAUCUUUCAUGUCUUUGAUGAACUGCUGGGUGUUCGGCACCAACACAAGAGCGCUGACUUUCUCCUAUGCAUGAGACAGUACAUGCCACCUCAACAUCAACGUUUCAUUGAGUGGGCAGGAUCGCCUUCAAUCUCAAAAUAUGUGCUCUGCUCAGGCUGUGUAGACCUUAUCUCUACCUUUAACAAUUGUGUCAGUGCUCUCACUCAGCUACGCUCCCUCCAUAUUCGUAUUGUCUCCAAAUAUAUCAGUGCAGCAGGUGCCCGUGCCAGGACAGAGAAAGGCCAAAUUGGUGAGAGAGGGCAGAUCCAAGAGGAGAGGGGAACUGGUGGGUCACAAAUCAUGAGCUUCCUAAAGAGUGUGAGAGAUACUUGCAAAGAGGGUCUUCUGGAGCAGAGUACAGAGGAUAGCUGUAUAGCAGUAGGUAGAAUUAUAACUUUAAGCCCAGAGUAAGUUUGGCAUAAAGUUAAAAUGUUUUUGAUCCAGCAACCUGGUUGUAAACAUGCAUUGCAGGACAAUCAGUAUAUUUCCUAACAAAUUAAAACCUUUGGCCCUAUCCUUUACAUAAAUACUUAAAAAGGGACUUAAAACAUUUGGAGAUGGCAAUAUAAAAUGAUAAGUCAUAUAUACAGUGUGUAUAUAUAUAUAUAUAUAAAUAUAUAAUUAUAUAUACAGUAUAUAUAUAUAUAUAUAUAUAUAUAUAUAUAUAUAUAAGAGGUCCUGACUGACUCAUCAACGCCCAGCUCUAACCGUUAAACCUAGGAUUUUUGAAAAUUACGUCCCUAAGGGGUGGAAACAGGGGGGUGCAUUUUUUUAAUGAGGCUACCUAUAUCUCAAAAACCAGCAAUGUUACAGACGCAGAAAUUGGUAUUUCGAUUCUCCUUGAAAAAUAAAGAAACAAGUGUUUUAACAUUUCCUGAAGAUCUACUUUAGGGGGGU